AUGCAGUUUUUAAAAUUUAUCCUUAACAAUGGGCAUACAGCUUGUAACAUUGGAAGAUCCAAGAUAGUGGUGUUUGGGGGCUUAAUCGACAAGAAAUUCCUCAGUGACAUUUUUGUUUAUGAUAUUGACAACAGAUCAUGGUUUAAGCCAGAAUGCACAGGCACUGGUUCUGAUGGACAACAGGGUCCUGCUCCACGAGCAUUUCAUAUUGCAGUUGCAAUUGACUGUCAUAUGUUCAUCUUUGGGGGGAGGUCUGGAAGUAAGAGGUUGGGUGAUUUUUGGGUCCUUGAUACAGAUAUAUGGCAGUGGUCAGAGCUUACCAGUUUUGGUGACUUGCCAUCAUCUCGGGAUUUUGCUGCUGCAUCAGCCAUUGGAAAUCGUAAAAUUGUGAUGUAUGGUGGCUGGGAUGGUAAAAAGUGGCUCUCUGAUGUUUAUGUUUUAGACACAAUGUCACUUGAAUGGGUAGAAUUAUCAGUUUCUGGAUCGUUGCCACCUCCAAGAUGUGGACAUACUGCCACAAUGGUUGAAAAGCGGUUGCUUGUCUAUGGUGGUAGAGGUGGUGGAGGGCCAAUCAUGGGUGAUUUAUGGGCUUUGAAGGGGCUCAUUGAAGAAGUGGCUUACUAUGUUGUGGUUUUGUCUUUAUUGUGGAAGGAAGAGAAUGAAAGUCCAGGUUGGACUCAAUUGAAACUUCCUGGUCAAGCUCCUUCGCCUUGCUGUGGGCAUACGGUCACGUCAGGGGGGGUUCAUCUUUUGUUAUUUGGAGGGCAUGGUACUGGUGGAUGGUUGAGUCGGUAUGACAUAUACUACAAUGAUUGUGUGGUUUUGGACCGGGUGACCGUACAAUGGAGACGGCUACCAACUAGUAACGAACGACCACCUGCUCGAGCAUACCAUUCUAUGUCUUGCAUUGGUUCACGGUAUCUGCUAUUUGGGGGAUUUGAUGGAAAAUCAGCAUAUGGUGAUCUAUGGUGGUUGGUUCCAGAAGAUGAUCCUAUUGCGAAGCGUAUGAUUAUGUCUCCCCGCAAAGUCAUACCUGAAAGCAGAAAUGCUUCCAGGGAACAUGAUAACUUUAUGUCUGAUGCCAAGGAAAACCAAAGCAAAACAUCUACGGUUUCAGAAUUGUGUAAGAGAUUAGAUGUUUCUGUUUCACUCUCUCAUCACAAGCUAAUACUGGAUGAGGUGGAAGACAAAGACCUUGUAGAGCUGGCCUCACAUGUGGUUGGAGAAAAGACUCCCAGUAAUAUACAGAUGGUGCAGGCUCUUCGAAACCACUGGAAGAAGUCUUCACCAGUGUCCAUACAACUGAAGGAGCUUGGUCCGCUGCUAAGGGACUACCAGCGGUUAAUAUCUCGCCAUCGUUUGUAAGGGUCAACUUUGCUCUUAUGGCACAAUUAUUAGAUAAAGGUUCUAGUGUGUCUUUUCUUGCGCCAUUGGCAGUUCACUUCCUGAUGAAAAUCAUGCAUAUUUUGUGUAGCUCUACAUUGAAAUGAUUUGCAAAACUCUCUGUUUGCCUGCUUUGGUGUCUGUAUAGGUCAUAUGUUGCUACAUUUCUAGCACCUGCGAGUGCAAUUGUUGUCAUUUUAUCGGCUUCUAGCAUUGUAAAAAAGGGGGCACCCUGGGGCGUAGAAGUUCCUGAAUAUGCUGGGUCUGGGGAAAAGUUAAUGCUCCCCUUUUCUUUUAGCUUUCUUAUUUGGAAAACAAAUGCCUGCCUGAAGCUUCUACCUUUUCCUCUUCUGAAGUCAACUCUUGUUUCUGGUCAAAUAACUAGAUGUCUCGACAUGCUACUUUUGACAGGCAGAAAGUGGGGUUGGAUUCACAGCCUGUAGAAUUCAGCUUUCCGAGAAGAGAGACAUAUAGAUACUAUCAUCUUCAAAACGCUUCCCAGGUAUAUGAAUUUCUUUUUUAUUUUACAGCCUUCUGUUUUUCUUGUUUUAUAAUUCGGUAAAGAUAGUUCUUUCUGUAGCCACUGCAAAGAGUCAUCUUGAUAUGUCUAUAAUCGAGCUAAAUUGCCGGUUGUCCAUACAUCUUUUGUGUAAAGUAAGCUUUUUACUCCAUCACUCAUAACAAGAUGCAUGGAAAUGGAGCCUGCGUCAUAUAUUAAUCGACAUUAUCUUUCUCCUUGGUGGUGCUCCCCACCAAACUACAGCACCUUCACUCCCACUAUUUGAGUGUAUUUUUUGGUUUUCUGAGCAGCUGCGCAUGGAUGAUAUCCGAAUCCUGUUGGAAGAGUACAAGCAGCUGUUGCAAGAUGUAAAUGAAGAUUGAAAGCUUCAUACGCAGUGAUGUCUUAGGCUUUUGUGAGUUCAAAUCUUUAUUUUCUCAUUGGCAUUUCUUCUUAAGGUACAGUUGUUUCCCUUGUACAAGAAUCUUUGUUGGCUUCACUUAACUAGAAGUUCAGAAAAUUGUACACUGUUUUGUAAUAUUACUGAGCAUUGUCUGGUUAUUAAGAUGCUUGGUUAAUGCUUUUUGUGCCGUAGUUUGGUCAUUUCAGACCCUCCAACAAACUUUCAAUUUUGGCAUGCUCGAUUUGCUUGAAGAUGGUGACUGGCUGUAUCCCUGAACUCUUAUAUGUCAUACUGUAUUGAGUACAAUGGCUUUUCCCAUAACUGUAAUUAUUUCACUUUUAACUUUGCGUACAACACUAGGAUAGACUACAAUUUUCUCCUUUUUUUUUCAAUCUGUAUAAUAGAUAUUUAUUGGCAAAUGGUGGGUAGAGAACUUGGGUAUCCUCGAUUCUCAGGUUUAAGCACUAUGAACAGAAAAUAUAAUAAAAUAAAAAGUUGAAUAUAGAGGGCUCCGCAAUGUACAUAAUUUAGUCAAAACUCUUGCCAUUAUUUGAAGAUUAAUGUCACAUCCUCACUGCUUCACACCCUCACUGCUACAAUAAAGUGACAAAUACACACCAAACGGAAAGAAAAUGAAAUUACAUCAAAUCUCCUUACAUCAAAAACUAGCCAAUUGGCAUUUCUAAUACCUCUUUAGUUACCUAACAAUGGUCAAAUAUCUUCAACAGAACCAAAUUCACACCAAAUCAAAUACGAUGACAGACAAUGAUAAUGUUCCUCACAUUAUGAAGAAAAAAAAGGGAUUGCACCAUGACAGAAGGGAUGUUAUGAUAAUGCUAGCUCUACUGAUUCGAAUUGUGACGAAACAAGUUCAGAGCAAGGUUAGCGUGCAGAGCUGAUAAUCUUGCUGAGCUCCUCCAGCUUCCUCAUCCUCAGUUUCUCGCUUUCAUUCACCAUCUGUGAUGAGAGAAUCAUGCAAAAAAGCCAAAGGGAUAUACAUCAACUUACCAGCAAAUUACAACAAAGGCUAUGAAAGAUGAAGUUGUGAAAAACAGAGAAUCAAUGAUGGGUAUUGACCUCCAUUAGAGUAGCUGUAAGUUGAGCUUUUUCAUUGGUCUUUUCCUGGAAUACAUCGAAAACUUCCUUGUACUCUUUCUCCUGCACAAUGCCACAUCAACAUCAAUGUGAAAAAAGAUCACCAUAUUUAUCCAUGAAUGAUUCAAACUUAAUCAAAUGAAAAUCUUUCAAAAUUAAGUUUUUUGAUUAUUGAAAUACCUUCUUUUGACAGGUCUGGCCUAGUGAUUUCAGUUCACGAUUGACAAUGUCGAUCCUUUUCCUGACAGCAGCAACUUCCUUCUUCAUGGGAUCCGUCAAUACUUCCAGCUCCUACACAUUGUUAUUUUCACAAACACCAAGUGAGCAAUAAAUAGAUUGAAGCCACAUUUAUGAAAUUCUCUCUAGCAUUCUUAAGAUUGACUAAUAAUUUACCUCCCAUAUCUGGGCCAGACGCUUGGUCUGUUCUUCAGCACGAUUGAGCUGAGAUUCCACCCUCCCUUUGACCUCCAAUUUCUUCCUCUCAAUCUCUUCUUCUCUAGCUUGAAAUGAUAUUGCCAGCUUCGACAUAUCUGCAGAAGCCGCCUCAUCAUCUGUAUAUUCCGCAGAUAACCUCCCACUGCUUCCCAUUUUGUCUUUCAGAGUAUUAUUACUUUUCUGCAUUAAUCGAACCCAAAAAAUUCGUAUGGAUCAAAAUGUCUAAUUCCUUGCAGAUCAACGCAGAAUACCUAUAGUUCUCUUCUGGGCUAAUACUGUAUUCGGGUUAUCACCCUCUUUUCUUCAAUUCAAGUGCUUUUAAUACACUCCCCUGUUUUCUGCUUGCUUACGUAGGAAACUAGUAUUUCAAGAAAAGCAAGCUUCUUUCUUUCCUAUGUACGAGAAUAUAUAGAUAUAAUAUUGGAAGAAUCAAAAGUUGUUUUUGGCAUAAAUUUUGAAAGCUUGAUUCUUGUGGGAUAAUGGUUUUCUGGAAUGAUAAGGUAAAAACAGAGACAUCUUUGAAUUAGUAGUAGUAUGUUUUUUUUGUUUUUGUUUCCAAUAAUUAAUAAUAUCCCCAGAGAUUGCUUGAAGGUUGGGCAAGUUGGUUCGUUUGGAGAUUCGGUUAAUUCAAGUGGAAGUUAACAAUAUAGUAUAGUAGUUUUAUUUCUUUCUACUUUAAAAAGAGCAAACCAGCUUUUGGGGAUGUUGGAUGAUGCUGUGUUUCAUCAGAAUCUCUGAGUCUGCCUGUGUGGUGAAGAGGUUUUUUCCCUUGGCUCAAAAGCUAAGUUAGUGAUAAAAGACAAUAGGGAAAAAAAAAAAUACUGUAUUUGGAAAUUGAAUCCACCAAAAUUUAAGUGCCUAACUUAGGAUCAAUUUCUUAGAGCAAUAGUUUAAUCGAUAGAGAUAACCUAACGCUACACGAUAUGAUUGACCUAAUUUCAUCUCCAAAUAUUGACAUUUUAGUCCAUUUAAUUUAAAUAUUAAGGUCAAAAAGAGGUGACCCAAGUGGAAGAGGGCCUUCGCAUCAACCGGGAAGUUCCGGUUCGAGUUGGAAGUUCUUCAAACACCUGAUGGAUGUGCAGAAAGAGGCGUUACAAGCGGUGUUGCAUGUAUGGAGUCUCCCCCACUAAACUAGGCUGGUAAUAGUAGGUUAUCCUCCCCCAUACUCAGACAUGUAAUAAUCUAGGUGCUUGUACGAAUUGUAUUUAAAAAAAAAAUUGAAUUGAAUUUCGCCUCUAAAAUAUUGACAUUUUAGUCCAUUUGAUUUGAAAUUGAG